AUGAAGGCUAGUCUCCCUAAGAGCUUCGAAUGGAGCUUGAGUGGUCCUCUUAUUGGCCCAAAAGACGAUAGCUACGACCUUGCUGGAAUCAAAGACCCAUCUAUCAUCGAAGUCGAUGGCGUUUACCAUGUCUUUGCUAGCACAGCCAAGGAAUCUGGUUAUAAUUUAGUUUACCUUGGCUUUACCGAUUUCGAUGAGGCCAAUUCAGCAACAUUCCAUUACCGUGAUCAAAUCCCCUUUGAGCCACACAAGCUGUGGUACCUUGUUUACCAAAACGGUAACGCUGCGUACUCCACCAAUUCCGAUAUCAGCAAUCCCUGCUGGAACCUGGGCAACGGAACCUGGGUCGACAUGUGGACGAUCUGCGAUUCGUCCGACUGCUACCUUUUUUCAUCAGACGAUUAUGGUCAUCUCUACCGCUCUCAGACCUCCCUCGGGAACUUUCCGAAAGGCAUGGGGAACACCGCAUCCAAUGUAUACAGUACCGGUGACGGUGAGUACCUUUUUCUCGUUGAGGCCAUCGGCAGUGACGGUGCAAGAUAUUUCCGUUCCUGGACUUCAAUCAGUCUCUCCGGUACUUGGACCAGUCUCGCUGACACGGAGGCGCACCCCUUUGCGCGGUCCAACAAUGUCAAGUUUAGCACUGAGGCCUGGAGUAAGAGUAUCAGCCACGGGGAGAUGGUGCGCACGAAAGUUGACCAGACCAUGGCCAUUACUUCCUGCAAUCUACGCUAUCUUUACCAGGGCGUGGAAACUUGGGCUCCUCACCCAGGCCACCUCUGCGUGUUAACGGGCAAUUAUCGGACAGGCUAA